AUGGACGUUGAUAUCGACAGGUUCCAAGAGCGGGAGCUGUAUGGGUUUGGUCAGAACGCUUGCGGAGAGCUAGGGCUGGGAGACACGCUCGAGCGCCACACGCCUACCCUCUCGCAGACCUCCCGCGGCAAGGAUAUCGUUGGCGUCACUGCGGGGAACGAGCUAACAGCCGUUCUCACCAACACCGGCGAAGUCUACAGCUGUGGAUACAACAGCGAGGGGCAAUGUGGGAUCGGGGAGAUCGAUGAAACGGUGCCAGAAAUGGUUCCGUCGUUGACCAAGGUGACUCUUCGGGAGCCAAGCUUUCGACCUGCCGGCCGUGUGUCUCUGGUCCACUCUGGCAACGGCUCCGAGCACCUUGUGGUUGUGACGGAGGAGGGGGAACUGCAAACCUGCGGCCGCAACAACUCGGGGCAGCUGGGGCACGGGGAGGUGGGAAAGGGAUACAGCUUGCCCAGGCCGGUGGCAGGUUUUGCCGGGUACCGAGUCACGAAGGUGGCGUGUUCGUAUUCGCACACGGUGGUCGUGACGGACGACGAUCGAACGUGGACCUUCGGGGGCAACGGCUACGGACAGCUGGGCCAUGGGGACCAUAGCUCCCGCUCUGCUCCCGCGGCUCUGGCGUGCUUUCAGGGCCUGGGCGUGCUCAGCGUCGCUUGCGGGGUGUACCACACGGUGGUCUCAGUAGCAAGUGGCGGCUUGUACUCCUUUGGCAAGAACGAUCACGGACAGCUCGGCCUCGAGGGUGGCGAGUCCAGGUUUACACCGGUGCAGCACCGAGCGUGCACGUCUGUGGUAGAGCAGCUGGCGUGCGGGUACUACCACACCGUGGCGCUCAGCAGGGCCGGGGAGGUGGUCGCAUUCGGUCGCAAUGACUACGGCCAGCUAGGGCUCGGGCACAGGGAAAGCACCUGGCAAGGCGGCCAGGUGCCCGACCUCGCGGGAUUGCGAAUCAUCCAGGUCGCCUGCGGCUCGUACCACACCAUCUCGCUUGAUGACGAGGGUCGAGUUUACCCCUUCGGGAGAAAUAAUCAUGGGCAACUAGGGACAGGGACGAGAGAGGAUGCCUGCCGGCCGUGCUUUGUCGAGGGGCUCUCCCAAAGUUUCGUGUGCCAGGUGGCGGCGGGGUUCUACCACACGCUGUGCCUUACGGGCCCGCCUCUGGAACGCAAAGCAGGCCAUGGCUCCGCCUUCGUCGUCCGCGACUCCAAGUCGCUGAGCUCCGACCUCUACCGCCUGCUCAACAACCCAUCCCAGUCCGACGUGACGUUUACCGUGGAGGGGAAGGUCGUCUACGGGCAUAGGUGUAUUCUUGGCGCCCGCUGCGAGCCCCUGGGGCGCAUGCUGGACGGCCCCAUGAGAGAGGCGUGUUCCGGCGGGGGAAGCAUUCCCAUGCCGAACCACAGGCACGCCGUCUUUCUGGCCUUCCUCGAGUACAUUUACACAGAUAAGGUCAUUGCGCUCGGAGCCGACUCCCUUGAUCUAGAGUUCUGCCUGGACCUGAUGGACCUUUCCGACCAGUACCUAAUGGGGUCGCUGAAGCGACUGUGUGAGGACUCCGUUCUGAGAAAUAUCACGGUAAAGCCCAGAUGA